GUCUCAAAUUACUUACAUACUGCCUUACAAUUUUUACUUACCUCAAAACACAACAGGUCCUUCAAUCAUUGGUUCCAAUUUAUUGACAAGCUGAUAAGCGAAAAGUGUAUAUCCAACUGUAUUUACAAAGUGAACAUGCACCAACUUAACCACAUCACAUUUAUUAUAAAACAAUGUUCUAUUCUUUGUUGUGUGUCUGUCAGAUCCAUAGAAAGAGAAAUAGGAGCUUACAAAAAAAAAAUGAGAUCAAGAGUCAAUGCUGGUGAAAAUGCCAACAACAUUAUGGAACGAACGGCUCUUUUUUCUUUCAUACGAAAUACAAAGAUGGUGAACUUUGAUCCAACUCCCCCCAAACUAGAAACCGACUUCGUAGAACAUCCUUCUGGUAAUGUGGACUUUGGUCAGUUAUGGGCUCCAUUUUAUCAAGAAUUUGAAUUGACUGGCAAUGCCGAUAAUGAUUGCCUUAUUGCUGGUGAUCUCCUGACUAUGAAAUCGUUUGUCAGCGCUUUAAAAUCGUACAAGAAACGGUUUUUUAGUUUACCAGAGCCUAUUCAUCGAAUCCAAAUCAAUGUGGAAUCUAUUCUUCCCGCUGGUAAGCUUUGGCAAGAUUCACACGUAUAUUCCGCUGCCAUCUUUAAACAAGGGUUAUCAAAGUCCAUUGCAAAACGUGGUGGUGAGCAUGUUCUGUUGCAUUCGAAUCACCAGACGAGAAGACGAGGCAGUAUUUCACAGGUGACUAACUGGUAUGUGGGUAGGCUGUUAUUCUUUUUUGAAUACGCAUUUGAUGAAACAUCCAGUUUUUACGCAGUACUUGAAGUCAUGAAGAGACAUUCCGCUGCCCAGCAUAGCCCUUGCAUUCCAACUGUUGUACCCUACGAAAAUAACGAAGAAAAAAAAAUAGUUGUUAUUAACAUUGCGGACAUUGUGACAGUUGUGGGAUUGCUGAAAAUGGUGACACAUUCAGUGAAUGGAAAGAAAGUAACAUACCAAGAUUCUAGUUCUCUAUUUGUCAUUUCAUCUUCUACUAGCUUUGAUGAGGACAUGAAGAAAACAGCAGGAAAAAUAUCCAACCUUUGCUAA